AUGGUUCAGGCAACAGACGAAGUGGAGGUUCCAGACUUGCCUCAAGCUAUUAAUUUGUUAAAGGAAAUGAACACGAAUGUGCAACAAGUAUCCUCCCUUAUUGAUAAUAUGUUAAUUCGGGUGAAACACGGUGAAAUGUCGACUGAUAAGGGAUUGAGCUUUUUAGAAAUGAAAUAUCAAAUGUUAUUAAGCUAUUUAAUCAACUUGACUUAUAUUGUGCUAAGAAAAUGCUCUGGUGAAAAAAUUGAGUCAGAUCCAUCUAUUGACAGACUAAUAGAGAUAAGAACUGUACUUGAAAAGAUACGUCCUAUAGAUUCUAAGUUGAAAUACCAAAUCGAUAAGCUAGUUAAAACUGCAGUGGUUGGUGCGACAUCAGAAGAUGAUCCACAGUCAUAUCAUGCCAAUCCAGGAAAUUUGAUGAGCAAAGUGGGUAAAGACGGAGAGGACUCAAGUGAGGCUUCAGACGAUGAUGACAAAUCUAAAGACAACAAGACAAAUAUUUAUGUUCCUCCCAAACUAGCUGCAGUACACUAUGAAGAGAAUAUCCCUAAAAUAAACAGUGAAAAGAAUAAAGAACGAGCUAAAAAACAAUUCUUAAACUCAAGUGUUAUGAGAGAACUUCGAGAUGAAUACUCCGAAGCUCCUACAGAAGUCACUACGGGGAACUAUGUAAAACAUUCAAUAUCUAAACGGGAACAGGAGAAAACAGAAUAUGAAGAGAAUUAUCUUACCCGUUUACCAGUUACUAAAGCUGAAAAGAACCACAGGAAGAAAUUGACAACAGUGGGUAUGUUAGCUGAUGAAAUAACAGGAAGUCGUUCUAUUUCACGAAAGCACAAACUUAAAUCUAAGAAAGGUAAAGGUUUCAAGAAAAGGAAAACUCAUUAG